AGAUUGUAAUUUCUAGCCGAUUUGAGUCUUAUUGCAUUUGUUUAAUCAGGCGAAAUGAGUAGCGUUUUAGAGAGGCAACGUGAAUGAGCCCAACGUUCGCGAGCUCGUCACAGCGAGAACGAGGUUUGAGCUCGACAUUUAGGCCUCAUAUCGAGCAAAGAGUUGGAACUCUACCUUUAGAUUCCUUAAGGCGUGCUCGUGAUAACUCGGAUGCCAAGGAUGACGUGCCACUAAUUAGGCGGAGAACGAGCUUUGGGGCUCAACCUGUUCAACCCGCAAUGAUAAAUUUAUCUAACGUGCCUUCAACCUCCGCACAUGAUGCUACCGAGCCAUUGGUCGCGUCCACAUCUAUAACGGCCCCACAGAUGCAUACCCUGAGGGCUUUAGCUAUACAAAAUUGGAUUGUCAGGCCGCGAUGUUACAAGGCAUUCAGCUAUGCAGUCGCACUAUUCAAGUGCGAGCAAACUCGUGAGCUCAUUGAUAACUACAAGCGGUUGACCUUUGAAAAAGCAAGUUUUGAGGAUGAAGUCAAUCGCUUGCAAAGCUACGAGAUGACCAACAAAGUUGCGUCAGCUGAGAGUCGAGCUGAUGAGUUGGCCCAUAAGGACCGCACCAAGAAUGCAGAAGUUGAUAGGGAUAAGGUUCUGAGCAAGCUGAGCUCCCUGAAGCAGAGAGUGGCCGAAGCCAAUCGGAACCUUGUCCAAUGGCUGGUCGACUCUGAGAUGUUUCAAGAUGCCAUGGCAGUUGCUUUAGCAAAUACCACGAUAGAAAUCUAUAAUGAUAUCCGUGGAAAGGUAUUGCAUCACCGACCUGACUUCUCGAUUGGCAAGCUGGCCUUCUAUGAGGGCGAUGAGAUAAACGAGCAAGGCAAAAGUCUUGCCCCUUUUAUUGAUACAACGGUAAGGCUGAGGUGGGAGCUAAAUGAAGAGGGAGUGCCCGUGUGGCCUUCAUCUAUUGUAGAAGAAGGGGAGGACUUGGAGGGCUUGCCAAGCUUUGAUGCAUGGCUGGCAGAGCCGAUUAAAGAAGAAGCUGAACCUUCAAGUACUCCACCAACUUCUCAGCCUAUCACUGCUCCAGUUCUUCCUCCUCCAGCCCGUUCUACUCCAGCUCAUGCUUGUCCAACUUGCGCUAAUGCAUUUGUCCCUGUAGAUUUGAUGGAUGACUAGGGCUUUAGAUCUUAUCUUAUCUUUUCUUUUUUGUAUUGGUCAAAUAACCUUUUUGAACAAUUUUAUCAUGGUCCCAUGUACUUGAACAUAUAAUUUUUUGUAAAGAAAUACAAUUUAGGAGAUUUUCUAUAAAAUUUCGUAUUCAUU